UAAUCCUCAAUCACCGAGUCACCGUCAUCGCCAACGUCGUCGUUUUCACUCUCAAAUAAACAUUUUCCUUCUGUAAUUGAACUCAGUCCGAGUCGCAAGAAAAACAAAAAUUUCUGUCUACUGGCAAAGCCUCGCCGAUUUGGAGAUUGAAGCUGAUUCAGUAGGUGGGCAAAAACUUUUAAGUUGAAGAAUGCUUCAAAUUAGGCUGAGGAAGAUCCCAUCAUCAGAUGGUGGUGGAGCAGUGAAGCCUUUGCCCGUGGAGACGGUGACAGUUGCGUGCCCAGACCAUCUUGUUCUUGCUGAUCUUCCUGUAGCUAAGGGCAUUGGUGCAGCAACUGCAGCUUCACUUGUCAAGACUGUGGGUCGCAGGUCCAGACGCCAGCUUGGCGAGCGAGUCCAUUUUUGUGUUCGUUGCGAUUUCCCAAUUGCUAUCUAUGGGCGCUUGAAUCCUUGUGAGCAUGUCUUCUGUCUGGAUUGUGCCAGGAGUGAUUCAAUUUGCUAUCUUUGUGAUGACCGUAUACAAAAGAUUCAGACAAUCAAGAUGAUGGAGGGCAUCUUCAUCUGUGCAGCCCCUCACUGCCUCAAGUCUUUCCUGAAGAAGACUGAUUUUGAGUCUCAUAUUCACGAGAGCCAUUGUGACCUUCUACAGCCCAGUGCAGAGAAAGAAGAUGGUAAUGAAUCUGAGAGUCUGAGUGCCAAACAACCUACAGUUUCAGAUUCCUCUGUCCGAGCUCCACCAAGGCAAGUCAUUUCUCCUGGUUCUAAUUCCCAGCUCACUGAUCGGGAAGACAAAGCCCGACGGCAGCAGUCUCGAGAGCAACCACCACCAAGGGCUGUCAUGCCACCAAAGCCACCAGUUUUUGGGCAAGUUCAAAAUUACCAAUCGGAGGCCCAAUCUGACACUAACCUUCCCCCAGGCUUUGAGAGGCCUGGCCCCCAUAAUCGCUUUAACCAGGGCUUUGACACACAAGGCAUCCCACAACAAGAAUCUAGCCAACAGCAAGGACUUGUAUCAGAAUCCCAGUUUCCUGAAUACCCUCCUGUGCACUCUAUGCAACCACCUAAUUUUGCUGUCCCUAUGAAUUCAAAUCCCUUGAUGACUCCACCAUUUGCCGUUCCUCCUUUCCCAACUGAAGGAUCUCAACAGUUUUACACUGCCCCCUAUGGGAUGCCUAGGCCAGACUCAGCACCAGAAGUUGGAUCAGAACAGGCAUCAUUAUUGGGUUUCCCACCAGGUCCACCCGGGGGAGUAAAUUUUCCAGCAAGUUAUCCUCAGCUCUGGAACACUGGUCCCACUGGUGUGCCUUUCGAAGUUCCCUCAGGGGGUCAAGGAGUUCCAGAGGGAUUUGGAAACAUUUCGGAUUCCCAAAGUAAAGCAGCAUUUUAUCAAGGCUAUGCUCAAAAUCAGGGUGGUUUGCCCAUGAUUCCUCCCCUACCAACAGCCAAUAAGGGGAUGGAAACUCUGCAGGGUAGUAAUACAAUAGAUCCCCGGGAUGGCAAGGGUAUAUUGGCACCGCCACAAAUGUCACUUCCACCACCACCACCACCAGGGCCACCACCGCAGUCUCACAUGCCACAACAUAAACGAGGUAAGUACUAUUCUGGUGACAUGGUUCGUGAUGGUCAGGGUUUUGGAUGGCCACAUGAGAGUCGAGAUAGCUAUUCAAAUAGCCAAGACUAGAGAAGUUGCCUCUAUUAUGGGCAUUAUGGCAUGUAAUUUUUUUGUGCUGAACUUCUUGUCUUAUUCAAUUAGCCCACUGGGCCAUGUUUCAUUC